AUGAGUGCUGUAAAGCGCCUCUUUGAAAAGUACUCCAUUGAUCCAAAGCAAGUUAAGAGGCUCGAAGUUGGUACUGAAUCAGCCAUCGACAAAUCCAAAUCCAUUAAGAGCUUUAUUAUGCAAGAAUUCCCUCAAGUAGAAUACUCUGAAAUGGAAGGAAUUGAUACUAUUAACGCUUGUUACGGAGCAACUAAUGCUCUCUUCAAUGGACUCUAUUGGCUUAAUUCGGAACAUACCACCACCAAGAAGAAUGAUGUUUACAGUGUUGUGGUUGCUGUUGAUAUUGCUCAAUACGACAAGGGCCCAGCAAGACCAACCGGAGGUGCUGGUGCUGUUGCCAUGUUGCUAGGUAGAGAUGCUCCUUUGAGUUUCAGUGAUUUCAGAUUGAAGGCUUUCCAUAUGGAACACGCUUAUGACUUUUACAAGCCAAAGAAGACUAGUUAUUUCCCAACAGUGGAUGGACAAUAUUCAAAUGUUUGCUAUUUGAAGGCUUUGGAUAUUUGCUAUGAGAGAUUGAGAUCCCGACACGAACAGCCAAUUUCUGUGGCUGAUUUGGACUAUUUGUGUUUCCAUGCUCCUUACAAUAAGCUUGUUCAAAAGUCCUUUGCUCGUAUGGUUUACAGUGAUUUUGCUUUGGCUGAGGAAAGUCAAUUGGAGUCCUUGUAUGCCAAGUAUGGAAUUAAAGAUGACGAAACCAAGUCAAAGAUUAAUCAAUAUGCUAGAAGUCAACCAAGAGAAGAGACCUACAAUGACAAUGAAUCAAGCAAGUUCUUUAUUGCACUUACAAAGAAGAUGUAUGAACAAAAGGUUGGAGCCAGUACUUACCUUCCAAGAGAGUUGGGAAAUACCUAUGCUGCUUCCUUAUAUGCUGGAUUGACUUCAUUGGUUGGUUUGAAAGGUCAAGAGCUCCAAGACAAACGUAUCAAUUUGUUCUCUUAUGGAUCUGGAUUGGCAGCUGCCAUGUUUGAAUUCCAAGGAAGAGAGACCACUCACAAGAAGCACAGAUAUCAAUUGGAGGAUAUCAAGAAUAUUCUCGAUUUGCCAAACAGACUAAAUCAAAGACAAGAAAUUACACCAGAAGAAUAUUCCAAGACAAUGGAUCACAACAUGGAUGUUUACCUUAAACAUGAUUUUGUUUCAUCCACACCAACCGACUACAUUUCAUCUGGUGCUUAUUAUUUGGAUAGAGUGGAUGACAAGUACAGAAGAUUCUAUCUCAGAAAGGAGUAA